AUGGAGGGAAUUAGCCGACCAUUCCCAAUUAUCUUAGAAUUCGAUGCCUCGUUUCGAGCCUUAAGCGGACGCAUCCAUAUAGGUGCGCGUCGUAGUCCAAUACGAACUCUCGCUCAACUCAUUGAAAUAAUUGAAUUCACUCAACAAUUACCUUUUAUUCGCUUAGAAGGUAUCAUGGUCUAUGAAAGUCAUAUUGCUGGCAUAGGUGAUAUGAAUCCCAAUAACUUCUGGUUGAAUCCAUUGAUCCGUUACGUGAAACAUUCUUCGAUAUCCCACAUUCAACAACUUCGACGAGAGAUGAGGCAACUCUGUUCAAAAUAUGGCUUGACCAUAUUGAAUGGAGGUGGAACCGGCAGUUUACUGGCGGCUUUGGAAGAAACUUCAGCUCUGACAGAAAUUACGGUUGGUUCUGGAUUUUUUCAACCUCAUCUGUUUGAUUAUUAUCAACAAAACCAAGUAAUGAUCAAUCAGUUUGGUUCGACAUUUGUGCCAUCCUGUUACUUUGCUCUACCGAUCGUGCGCGUAUCUGAUAAAGGAGAAUGGGUAACAUGUGGCGGUGGUGGAUAUGUCGCUUCUGGUCGACCAGGAUGGGAUAAAGUGCCAUUACCAGUCUUUCCCUUGGGACUGACAUUGAAUGAUAGUGAAGGACCAGGUGAAGUACAAACACCGUUGAGAAUAGACCCAACUCGAAGAAAUGAAACAAUGAAAUUCUUCGAACAAAAUCAAAUCGUUUAUUUUCGACAUGCCAAGGCUGGCGAGUUAGCGGAACGUUUUAUGUUCGUUCUCAUAGUAGCCGAUGGAUGCAUUGUUGAAAUGGCUAAAACCUAUCGAGGAUACGGGAUGUGCUUUCUCUGA